UGAUAAAUUGAAAUAUAUUUAUAAUUUAAAUAUUUAUUGAUCGCGCAAGCUAUUAAGUUUAUCAACUUACGACACUGCAUAUCAUAAAAAAUUAUACAAGCUUAAGAUAGAAAAAAGAUAUUAUUAAUUUCCCAAUUUUUUAAAUUUUAUUUUCUCGAAAGUAUAAUUUUGUGUAGAAAAAAAUCUAUUCUUUUAUCUAAAUCUAGUCUCUUGCCGAUUGUACCAUCAAUAACAGAUAAUUCUAUUAUAUAAACCGCGAUCUCUUCGCAGAAAGCAUGCAAUUCAUUGUCAACAGUUCAAUAAUCGACUUAGAACGACAACAAUUACACAUGAAGAGACAGUUCCCAGGAAAUGAGAGAUCCAUGUGCUCGCGGCACUGCAAAUUUCUUGCUUCAUGAAAUUUUCUACGACUUCAUCGUAAUUGCGUCCUCUCAGUACCUGAUGACCAUGUAACUCUAAAUGACGCGUGCCAUCCUACAACAAAACAAAACUUUACUAUUCAUCUAUUCCAAUUUUAUACUUCAGAAUCUUUCAGAACGUUAUUAUAUUUUAGUAUUUUUUAUUAAGAAAAAAAUAAAACAACAUCGACAAUUUUUUUUACUUGCAAAUGACACAUUGUAUGAAAGGUACUCUUUUACAUGUCAAAACCAAAUUUACCAGUAUUUGAUUCACACAUAUAAUGGACGCAUUGGGCAAUGCUUCCUUUUGUGGAAAAUUUGAGAGAGAUAAGAAUUUUGAAGUUGCAAAGACACAUUUUACCAACAUGAUAUGCGAUUAUUGUUCCUGGAUCAACGAGAUCUUGGCCAGAAUUAAUUCCGAGACGCAGAUUAAGAAGAGAAAAAAAAUAAUGCCGCGGGUGGAUCCGGUUGUUGUUGUUCAUGGAGGUGCCGGGAAAAUUCCUCGAUACGCGCAAAAAUUUAUGCUCGACGAGGUGAAGAAAGCCGCUGUGAUAGCGUAUCGCAAUCUUCUUAAGGGAUGCUGUUCGUUGGACGCAGUCGAGCAUGCAAUUUGUCACAUGGAGAGCAAAAAGUAUUUUAAUUGCGCGUACGGAGGCUCCUUAGAUGCUAAUGGGGAGGUCGUGAUGGAUGCUGCGAUAAUGACUAACGAUUUACGUGCUGGUUGCGUAGGCGCCGUCCGAAAUAUAGCACAUCCUAUAACGUUAGCCAAACUGGUCCUGCAAAAUACGGAACAUGUGUUGAUAGUCGAGGACGGAGCGCAAAAGUUCGCCUCGGAAUCAAAUCUUCCUACAUUGUCAUCUGGUCAGCUGAUUGCAACAUUUGAUUCAAAGACGUUACACGAAGAAGAUGAUCGCGAGAGACACAACAGCUAUUACAAGAUGGACAGAAAUUCGAUACAAAAAAAUGUAUACCGGAAUGUGUAAUUGAAAGACAAAAAGGAGACGAAAAAACCUCGGAAGUCGAAAUGAUUCAAUCAAACGAAUCUUUGAUGAUCGAGCCUAAUAUUUUACAGGUUCACCAAUUCAUCACGUUCUUGUAGAUCUAUAUUCAUACAUGCGUAAAACGUUCAAGUAAAAGUAACAAAUAGAAUUUUUAUAAAUUUUAAAAUAGCUAGAGAAACUCUGUCUUUUAUAGAUUUAUGGUUCGAAGAGCAUAUUAAAUUUACAAUUUUUUAAGUGUAUAUUAUUA